GUUCCAAAUAAGAAGAAUCUCUUAAGAGUUAUCUGAAGAUAGAUCAAAAUGUACACCCCAACAAAGAUGAAAAACAUUCUGAUGAUGACGUGGCUGAUGGUGAUGACGUCAUAUAUGCUCGUGACGCUUGCCAGCUUCGAUGACGUCGAGAGUGGCCUCAAAGUCGGCUACCACAAAUACCAAAAGAGAUUCAUCAAGACCCUGAAAGACUUAGAACAGGGCAAAGGGGAGAGGUUAAGUUACGGCUGGGGUAAGCGAAGCGGCCACAACAGCCACAACAACAGGAAUGUUGAUAACAUCAACAACAACAACAAAAAUAACCACAACGGCAACAACAUUAGAAAGAAAACUGAUGACGUAGAAGGCACUUAUAAUGUUGUUGACGAUUUCGAGAAUGGCGAAAUUUUCAGUGAUGGUCUCGAGUUAUCGGAUCUUCAAGAAAUCGUUGACAACUACAAGAACAAGUUCAGAAACAUCAACAAAAACGAGAAUUUUGGCAAAAUUAAUAACAACGACAAGUCUUUUAAUGUUGCCGACAACAACAGCAACAACAGCAACAACAACAAUGAUGACGACAAUAAAGUCCUGUUGCCGAGAUCAAACGGCAGGUUCAAGAAACUGUUCAACAAGUUGCAACAAAAACCGAUGACGUCAUCCUCAAAUUUUCCAUCAUCGUCGUCAUCAUCAGCAUCCUAUGCUCACCCCCUUUCCGUCGAGAUGGAAUAUGACGGGCUGGCCUAUUGACGCAGAUGAUGUCGCUGAACGUGGAGACACACAUCCAUCAAAUUUGGACAAAUGAAAUUUUUUAUUUUUUGCCAAUUUCCAAUAUAAAACUUAAAAAAUAGAUUAUAUUAAUUAAUUAAUUACGUCGUUACAGUUAUGAUGACGUCAUUCAUUAAGACGAUGAGGAUCGUGACGUCAUAAUCAUCUUUAUGUGAUUUACGAUGUUUAAAACGAGAAGAUGUUUAAUUUUUGUCAAUAAUAAAAUGUAAUUAACUCUUAA